AUGAUUGCAGCCAUUCAUGAAUUGACAGACUCCGCCCACACCGGUAAUGAGCAGGCUGACUCCGCCCACACUAGUACUAAUAAGGCUGACUCCGCCCACACAAGUACUGAUAAGGCUGACACCGCCCACACCGGUAAUGAGCAGGCUGACUCCGCCCACACUAGUACUGAUAAGGCUGACUCCGCCCACACUAGUACUGAUAAGGCUGACACCGCCCACACCGGUAAAGAGCAGACUGACUCCGCCCACACUAGUACUGAUAAGGCUGACUCCGCCCACACUAGUACUGAUAAGGCUGACUCCGCCCACACUGGUACUGAUAAGGCUGACUCCGCCCACACUAGUACUGGUAAGACUGACUCCGCCCACACCGGUAAUGAGCAGACUGACUCCGCCCACACCAGUACUGGCAAGGCUGACUCCGCCCACACCAGUACUGGUAAGACUGACUCCGCCCACACCAGUACUGGUAAGACUGACUCCGCCCACACCAGUACUGGUAAGGCUGACUCCGCCCACACUAGUACUGGCAAGGCUGACUCCGCCCACACCAGUACUGGCAAGGCUAACUCCGCCCACACUAGUACUGGUAAGACUGAGUCCGCCCACACUAGUACUGGUAAGACUGACUCCGCCCACACCAGUACUGGUAAGACUGACUCCGCCCACACCAGUACUGGUAAGACUGACUCGGCCCACAUCAUUACUAAGCUGGCUGUCUCUACUCACACCGGUACUGAGCAGGCUGACUCCGCCCACACUGGUAUUGGCCAGACAGGCUCUGCCCCCACUGGAACGGACCAGACAGACUAUGCCUACACCGGUACUGACUGCCAACAGUCUGCUCUCACUGGUACUGAUCAGAGAUUCCGCCCAUGUCUGUACUGACCAGGCUGACUCUGUCAACACCAGUACCGGCCAGUCCGACUACACUCUAAUCGGUACAGACCAGACUGGCUACGCACACACUGGUAAUGACCAAGUUGACUCCACCCAAACUAGUCAGGCUGAUUCUGCCAACACUUGAACCAAGAUGUUAAGUGUUGCGAUGUGGAUAUAAUAUAAUGCUUGUUUGUUUUGUUUUUUUUGGGGGGGGGGGGGAUCUGUUACCAUUUUCAAGGGGUUUAAAUAAGUUAAAGAGUUAGAUUUAAUAUAGAGGCACAAGGAGUAGAGCUUGUAAUAAGAACAGGAAAAUAUAUCUUCCACAUAAGGGGAAUUUUUCUGUAUCUUUCCAGUAAAAAGGAUUAUGUGCUGAAUCAGUGAGUUCAGACUUGAAUUGAGGUUUGAUAGAAUGGAUAUGAAGAGUUCGGGCUAUGGUGGGAGUUUGAGAUGUUGUGUUGGUGUUUGGGUGGGUAGGGGUAGGGGGUGGUGUUGGU